CAAUGCCGUAGUGUCUGAAGUCGGCCCCAAGGAUGAAACCACACGGCUGGCAUAACAGGCUGAGAAGCAGAAACACCAUGGUCGAUUAGCUUUUCUACUACAUGAAAAGGGACUAUACUGUUGAUCGAGGCGAGUACAAAGAUGAACCCUGGCUAUAUAAGUCAGUGAAGACUGCUCUCCAGGAUAUCAUCCCUCUCACCACAGCACCCGACGCUCUUUACUCCACACUCUUUAUCCCACACUCUUUUGCAAUCUCAAAGAUGACACCACCCAAAGCAAUCGCUCUCAGUCUGCUCCUCCUGAGCUCCUUGGCAUCGGCGUCCGCCAUACCCGUCCAAGCUCGUGCUGCGGCAUCUUCCUCUACCGUAGCUUCGGCCUCAUCGGCCCAAGCAACUUGCGGAUGGACAUACUUCCUGAACGUCGACAACUCUACCACCGACGAUGACGACGCCGACGACGGGGAGGUUGAUUCCAGCACUACCACCAGCAAGCGCGACGAGCACGAGCUGCACCAGCUCGCCCGUCGAGGCCGCACCACCAACAGCUACAACAACGGCAAGUGCGCUCUGGGGACGAAGAUCUUCAAGCCGCAAUACCCCGGGCCCGCGACCCUGGAGUCGAUGCAGGGAAGCGCAUUCCUCGGAUACUAUAUCCCCAAGCUGGACCAGUGCCCGGCCGGGGCGGUCACCUACGAUGUGAUCACCGAUAGUUCCGUGCUUACGGAUACUGUUGCAGCGUACUGGGACUCGGCCAAUACGGGCACAGGCCAGAAGUACAUUGCCCUCGGGGCCAAGGUCUCACCCACCGAUUCGUACAUCAACGUUGACCAUGUUUACGAGUUGAAGAUUGUCGAUAGCUUCUUUUCGGCCAUGAUUGCCAAGUACAACUUCUGUAACAGCUUCAAGACUUUCUUCCUCACCCAGGAUACGGAACACCCGACGGCGAAUGGAGUCAAGAGCCGACUCCAGCGGCUCUACGGCAUGCUGCCCAGUAACACCUAUCUGGACUUCGUCGCCAUGGACAACCAGUUGAACAGCAUGAAGGCACCCAUGUUCGACGAGAACCUCAGCGGCAUGCAAAGUCCCAAGGGCUCGACGAGCGAAGAGGAAGCCAACAACGCCCUCUCCAUCAUCAACACCAUGGCCACGGUGAUCUCGCUGCUCCGCGACAACAAGAUCGCCGAGGUCUUCAAGACGACGAACAAGCGCAUCUACGAGGCCUUCCUGGGAAUUGACCAGCUCACCACUGGAUGCAACGAUCCGAUCCCCGGCGAGGGCUGGGCCGACUCUUACUCGAGCUGGAUGGAGGAGUUCCUCUCGACGCAGGCGACCUCGGUCUCCUCGCGGCUUGCCUCCAUCUCGGGCCAGGUGACCCCCACCACCGACGCGUCCGGGCAGAAGAAUGCCCUUGGUCAGGGUCUGGAUGCCUUCAACGCCAAGUACCCUGCCGCCUCGUGGACUUGGGACGCCAAGCAGCUGCUGGACUUUUCGGCUCCCAGUGCCAUUGCAUUUGCUAAGCGUGGUGCUGAGAGCAGCGUCGCUGCCUGCACGCCUACCGCUUCGGUUUCUGCUUCGUCCAGUGCGGCGGUGGUUACGACCCAUGCUGGAUCCUCGGCUGUUGCGACGGGUGAGUUCUGUCCUGCACAACCCUACUUAUACUGCUCUGCUAAUGCAUCACCGACCACCCAGCCUCACACAUGAGCAAUAUCGUGACCUCCAAGGCGACCACGCACACCCCAGAGAGCGAGAUCUCGAAGACCGUGCAUGCCUCAACGACAGUGAAGUCGGAGACCUCCAAGCCGGUGACUACCCAGACAAUCGAGACACCAGUCACCACCAAGCA